AUGGGCUUUCUUCUGGCUCCACGCCUGACAAGGGCUCCUCUAGCUUAUUCUUCCUACCUGAAUUCAGGCGGAUUCCGCACUGGUUCUCGACAUGCCUCUCUUAAUUCUGCGAUUUCUAGGGGCCGUCGCAAAGAUCCUGCCUGGGCUCAACGCGGAAAACGCGGCAAAAACAAGGCACAACCUGACCGCAAGCCACAUGGGAGACAAAAUUCUCGUAUACCACUGAUGGGUCGGACUACAUGGUCCGGAAUUAACGAAAGACAAUUUGAAGGCGAUAAUAGGCCCAGUUGGAAUAAUGCCAGCCCUCAAAGAGAACGCUGGACGCCUAGAUCUGAUGAUGCCUCUCAGGGGAAUUCACGAAGCCGGUUUGGAAAAUCCAAGGAAAAUCUGAGCUGGAACAAGAGAAAAUGUGAAAAUGAUGACCACGGGUUCAUGCAGGGACCGGGAUGGUCCAGACAGCCUCAUGUCAAAUCAAAGGGAAAAAGGAAGAAGAAGGAAAGAGAGACAGAUCUUUCGGCUCCUUUAUCACUUAUUUCCAAAGUAUCUAUUGUUGCUCCUCAAUCUGUGCCAUAUUCCAGUGCUGUUUCUGAAUUCAUCUACGGCUAUUCCGCGGUGCAAGCUGCUGUACUGUCUGGUCGUCGUAAGAUAUAUACCCUCUAUAUCUAUGAUUCUGAUGUGGAUUCACCGAGGUGGACAGAAACUAAAGUCAAUGGUCUGCAGAAAUUUGCUACUGCUGCAGGGGCCAGAGUGAAACUUGUUUCUGGGACCUGGUCAAAUCUGUUGAAUAAAGUCUGCGACAAUCGACCGCAUAAUGGCUUUGUCGCUGAAGUCUCUCCGCUACCAAAGCUCCCCACGUUGAGCUAUCAACCCGUUUCUUCAAGUACGGCCACCCAUUUUGAUGUCAACGUUGCACCGCAGUCAAGAGAAGAAGCAGACGUCAAUGGCCGAAAUGGUCGCAUUCCACUUAUGCUGCUUCAACAGCACGGAGAGCAUAAUAGGGAGCGGUUAUCUCGGUUUCCCUUGACUCUUCUUCUUGAUGGUAUUCUAGACCCGGGAAAUCUGGGAGCCAUCAUCCGAAGUGCUUAUUUUUUCGGCGUUGAUGCCAUUGCGUUCUCAUCUCGGAAUUCGGCCCCAUUAUCAGCCGUGACUAUCAAAUCCUCCGCUGGUGCCACAGAAAAUAUUCCUCUCAUGUCUAUUCAUGACCCUAUCUCAUUCAUGAGCAGCACACAGCAGAACGGGUGGCGCUUCUUCGCCGCAGAACCGCCAGCACCAUCAUCUGGUGAAAUGGUUGGUUAUAACCCAAUACCGCGGAGCAAGUUACUAUCGCCGCAUCACCUAUCUUCGCAGCUUCGCAAAUCACCUUGUGUUCUAAUGCUCGGCGGCGAGGGAUAUGGCCUAUCCAAGUCCCUUAAACGCAAAGCCGAUGCUUUCGUGGCUAUCCCUGGUGCUAGAACAGGGAAUAUUUCUGAUGAUCCUGCCAAAGUUGAUAGUCUUAACGUUAGCGUGGCCGCGGGCCUUCUUUGUGAAGCAUUUAUGCGCACUCCGCCUCUCGAGCAAGGAGAAACCAGUGCAAUAAAAGCUACUCCUAAUUUCUUCGAAAGCACCACCACACAGGUCCCUGAUGCUGAAGACGUUCGCAUUGAGCCGGAAUCUCCUGAGCAAGAAACCGUUAUGACCGAAUCUUCAGAUCGCGUUUUUUGA